AUGGUUAAAUCUAUAAAUUGUGUUGGUGAAAGAAAAAUAAGCCGGCUAUUGAAUCAAAUUGGAAAAAUAAGAAGAUAUAAAAUGGAUCCUGAAUUAAAUCCAACAACAGCUGGCAACUCACUGAUGUAUCAAGCCAUCGAAGAUGAACUAUUGAAAAAUUUUAAAUUUUUAUUAGAAAAUGGAAUGGAUGUAAAUGAGCGGAUAAUAACAACUGGAGAAUUUAAUGGAUUCACAGCAUUGAAUUGA